AUGUCCAGAGGAGACAUGGCCAAACCUCUCCUGGGCCAUCGGAGCAUGGAGGGCGACCCCAGCACCACGCCUCCGGCUGGCCGCACCAUUGGGGUGCUGGGGAGCGGGGACUUUGCGCGGUCGUUGGCCAUCCGACUGGUGUGCUCCGGCUUCAAGGUGGUGGUUGGCAGCCGCAACCCGAAGCGGAAAGCCAGCCUCUUCCCUUCGGCAGCAGAAGUCACCUUCCAGGCCGAGGCGGUGAAGAAGACAGAUGUCAUUUUUGUCGCGGUUUUCAGGGAACAUUACUCCACCCUCUGCGACCUGGCUGAUGUGCUGGCAGGCAAGAUCCUGGUGGAUGUUAGUAACAACACCGAGAUCAACUACCACAAGGAAUCCAACGCCGAGUACUUGGCUUCCCUCUUCCCGGCCUGCACUGUGGUCAAGGGGUUCAAUGUGCUUUCUGCAUGGACACUGCAGGCGGGUGCCAGGGAUGGAAAUAAGCAGGUUCUGCUUUGCUCAAAUAACCAAGAGGCCAAGCGCACCGUAGCAGAAAUUGCUCAAGUCAUGGGAUUCACCCCUGUGGACAUGGGAUGCAUGUCAUCAGCCUGUGAGAUCGAGAACAUUCCUCUGCGCCUCUUGCCAGCCUGGAAGAUCCCCAUCUUGUUGUCUCUGGGGCUCUUUCUUUGUUUCUUCACUUACAACCUGAUCCGGCAGGUCAUCCACCCUUACAUCAGGGAGCAGAAGAACAAGUUGUACAAGAUCCCCAUCGAGGUGGUCAACACAACACUGCCUUGCGUGGCGUACGUCAUGCUGUCCCUCGUCUACCUGCCCGGGGUGGUGGCAGCCUGCUCACAGCUCUACUAUGGCACCAAAUACAGGCGCUUCCCAGACUGGCUGGACCAGUGGCUCCAGCACCGAAAGCAGAUUGGUCUCCUCAGCUUCUUCUGUGCAGCUUUGCAUGCUGUAUACAGCUUCUGUCUGCCCAUGCGCCGCUCCCACCGCUACCAGCUCAUUGAGAUGGCUGUCAAGCAGGCUGUCGAGAAGAAGAUGAAUAUCUGGGUAGAGGAGGAAGUCUGGAGGAUGGAGAUUUAUAUCUCUGUUGGAAUAAUUGCCCUGGGCUUGCUGUCGUUACUCGCUAUCACUUCACUUCCAUCCAUCGCAAACUCUCUCAACUGGAGGGAAUUCAGUUUCAUCCAGUCCACCCUUGGAUUUAUUGCCUUGGUAAUCAGCACUCUGCACACACUCACGUACGGAUGGUCAAGGGCUUUUGAUGAGAACCAGUACAAGUUCUACCUGCCUCCGACCUACACCCUCACACUGCUCGUCCCAUGUACUGUGAUCAUAGCAAAAGUCAUCUUCAGCUUGCCCUGCAUCCAGCACAGACUUCUACGGAUCAGGAGGGGCUGGGAGAAGGGCAGAUACGUGAAGUUUGUCCUGCCCAGUGCAACUGGGGAAUUUUCAAGCGGAGAGACCUCUAGCAAUGUCUAACUGAGCCCCAGGUGUGA